AGAACAUAGCAGUACUGUGAGAAAUUUUUUCAGUGUGGUGAGAAGAUAUAUUGUUAAUCUGCUUUUAGAUUUACACUGUGGUUUGUUUGACAUUCCUUUUUUUUCCCCUGAAAUAAAAAGUCUUUCUGACAAUCUGCAUUGCAAGUUUUACUUGGUUGAUAAGCUGCUCCGUUUUAGUCCAUUCAUUCACUCACUGGCUGUGUAUUAAGUAUGUUUGCAUUGUAAUUCUCUUUUUUUGCGGGGAAAUGUUUGCAGCGUCAUACAAGUAGAAAAUUAACAGUGCAUGCCAAUAUGUCAACGAGAGGAUAUCUGAUCAUGUAUGGAAUCAGAAGAUUGGCAUUUUGACGUACUGCUAGUAGAGAGUAUAAUCUGGUGAGGGACUUUGAUAUGGAAUGCAUAGUUUGCAAUUCAUAGAACAGAUUCGAUGGUUUUGGAGCAAGGAAGGAAUCGUGUGCUUUUGAUGUCAGGCUCAUCAGAUGUGAAGGAAGGAAGCAGAGGGAAGAUGGCAUCAGUCUGCCAUGUGUUUUCUGCCCUGUUAAAAUGUUACUUAUGUAACCGUUGUCGUUGAGAGCAAUUAAAGAAAGAAAAAAAAUGCAAACAAACAUUGGUUAAUAGUAGUAUACUUUGUUGGCACAAUUUUGAAAAAUAGAAAUUAUCAAGGUUAAUUUUAAAGGGACAUCAGAAAAUAAAACAGUAAAAUAAAAAGAAAGAAGAGGAAGGAGAAGAAAGAAAGAGACUAGCAAAAGCCGAGGGAGUCGAGCAUAGGAUGCCUGAGCUCCUAGCUGCAUCGAUCAGACGGAAUCGUAUUCAUAUCGGCAGUGGCAGGCAAGCCAAACCAACGUCUCCCCAACCCAACGUCUCACUCCUCUCUCUCUAUCUCCUGUCCUGCCCUGCCCUGCCCUGCAGGCGAGGCUAGCUGCAGGUCAAUUCAUUGGCUCUGUGCUAGCUUGGGACUGAAUCCUCCUCUCUUGAGGGCGCCGCGCUAUCCGUCCAUGGCGCCGUCGUACCGCCCCUACUCCGGGGAGUAUCAGUACGGCAACGGCAACGCGGUGGUGCCGUAUGGCGGUGGCGGCGAGCGGAGGAUGAAGGCGGUGUGUCGGUGGGUGCCUGGUGCGUGGUGGCUGUCGGACCCGGAGAUGAAGCGGCGGCGGAGGGUGGCCGGAUACAAGUCGUACGCGGUGGAGGGGAAGGUGAAGGCGUCCAUCCGCAGGGGGCUCCGCUGGAUCAAGGCCAAGUGCUCCCACAUCGUCCGCCGCUAGAUAUUUUACUCUACUACUCUCUACUUGUUCUUCUUGCUACUGCAACUUUUAUUUGCAAUCGAUCGAUGUCCUUCUUGCUUGCUUGAUUCACGAGCACAGCACUCUUGUUCGUUUGCAAUAACAUCCAUCUGCCAAGUUUGCUUGCUUUCCCUUUCCCCCAACUCCUCCUCCACUGCUUUGGUUGGGUUGGGAGAUCUUGCUAGCUUGCAGAUGUUUCUAGCUCCUAGCUAGUUAUAUACUGUUUCUUGUCGAUCUAUUGUCAAUUUGUCAUAGUACGAUUGAUUGAUGUCUGAUUACUGUAAUGGCGCGUACGUGUAAUGUUGCGAUGAGAGCUCAAACAAGCAAACGUUUGGAGAUA